UUAUCUGACAGUGACAAGAAUCAUAUGAGUGUUGACGCCUUUACCAUAUAUAUUUCUCCUUGUCCUACCUUUUAGCAUUUCACGUGAUGAGUUUUCUUUGGUACAAUUGUGGAAGUUCCAACACCAUGUUUUUUGUGAAUUCAAAGUUAUUUAUAUUAUUAGUUUUUCUGAGUUUGAACGCAAGUAUAUGUAGUUCGAAAGAACAUGUACCAGUUUAUAUGUGGAGUCCAAAAGGAUCUUAUGUUCAGAACCCUGCAUUACACAGAAUAAGUGAAGAAUCUUUCAAGCAUAUAUUGUCGGAUAAAGUGAAAGAUAAUCCUCUCCUUAUUGUAUUUGCUGAACAUACAUUAAGUCCUGAAGAUUUUGUACAUCAUGAUGCCUAUGGAAAAACUCCUUUUGAAAACUUACACUAUUAUUUGAAAAGAUCCAGUGUUGAUUACUUGCCGUAUGUUCAAAAUCCAAUUGGUGCUAUAAAAGAGUUAGGUAAAGGGGUAACUGAAAUAUCCUUAGCAUCUCUUUCACGUAAUUUUGAACUACCCAAAGGUGAAAUUUUAAUUGUGGAUCUCAACGAUGCUAAAGAUAAUGAACAACGAACACAAAUGCUCAAAAGACACGAUUCUGCUAUUGCCAACAUCUAUGAUGAAGCAUUGAAAAACAAUGACAAUAUCUUAGCACUUUAUACAUCACAUCACACAUCAUGGCUUGCACCUGAAGUUGUUAAGCAUCGUAAUGUUAGAAGUUUGCUUCAGGAGAAGAAUGAAACUGGUGAGAGUUCCAAAAAUUAUACAGAUGUUCCUUUGGAAAUCAAAAAGGAAAGUGAUCUUGAAGGAUUACUUGGAGAUGAUGAAAACCUUUUACUCUAUGUGUCUUCAUAUCCAAUAAUUAAAAAAGGUGGUAAAGAAGAACUAAUCAAAGAUUUAAAAGUUACUAACAUUAAAAAAGGAGGUAAUAAUACCAUCACAUUUGACUUAUCAAAUAAAGACUAUAACUUCAAUAGUGAAAUAAAAUUGCGAGAUGAUGGAUAUUGGACUUUAGCUAAGGUUGGAACUUUUAAAUUCCCAGAAAUUAUUGCCCCAAUGGGUUUUUCAUACCAUUGUUUCAAUGUUUCAUUCACCUCCGAAACAGAAAUUUUAACAUUACCAGGUCUUCAAAUCCAACCUUUUACUACACAAGGCCAACAUAAUUUCGAUGAUGCAUAUGAUUGUGUAGGAUUCACAAGUAUUCCAAUUUGGACAGGAAUAUUUGUAACUGUCAUUAUGUUGUUAAUUCUCACCUUUGGCAUAACAUUCAUGAUGGAUAUCAAAACUAUGGAUAAAUUUGAUGAUGCUAAGGGAAAGACUAUCACAAUAAAUGCCUCUGAGUAACAUUAAUAUAAAUUUGUAAGGAAAUAAAGAACCGGUAUUAGAAAAUCUAGCAUUAGACAAUACUAUCAACUAUUCUCAUCUUUUGAUGAAUAGGUUUGUGAUAUUCAUUUGAAAACAUGAUUGUUAAGUAUAUUAACAAACUUGAUACUUUGUUGUUAGAUAUGCCAAAAUAUAAAUUGCCUUUUCUAGAAUUAUACAAGUAUUUCACAUAAAGCACAAUAUGGCAAUUUGAUAAAUGUGUAUAUAUAUUCCCAUUUUCAUUGUAUAAUUUUGAAAGAUUGUUAUUAAACUGAUUUUUAUCCAUUAUAUUUUAACUGUAGUGAAAAAACAUUUUUGAUUUUUUUAGUAUUUGAUUCAUUUUGAAAUUAAAAUGUAAGGAUAUAGAAAACCUGUUAUUGUUGAGCUGUAAUUUGAAAAUAGUUUAAUUAAAAAAAUAGAGAGUAA